UACAUUGUAAACAUGGUUUGGCCUCAUUUUACAACAAGGCAAACAUGUACAUGGACGAGCUGCGAGCAAGCGUCCCGGUCUCCAGUCUAAACACAGGUACAACAGGACUACACAGAGGGAUACAUACGUGUGUGUGUAGCUGUUACUAUGGAUACGGACAAGGAUUCAACGACACCAGACAAGGUGUCUCUAUCAGACAUGGAACUGCGACAACGGACACCCGAGGACACUCCAGAGGAGACUGAACCUCAAGUUGAAACUGACACAUCGAAGUUAACCCUGAAGAAAGAGAUUGGUCUGUUUAGUGGGAUAGCCUUUGUAGUUGGAUCCAUUAUUGGUUCUGGUAUCUUCAUCACUCCCCAAGGAGUCUUGAGGAACACGGGCUCAGUGGGUCUCUGUAUGGUGGUUUGGUCUAGCGGAGCUGUCCUCGCUAUCCUCGGUUCACUUACCUUCACUGAGUUAACAUCGGUCACACGGACAUCGGGAGGGGAGUAUGCAGUGUUGAUGAAAACAUUCGGCCCUAUCCCUGCCUUUAUGUUUGUAUGGGCCAUCGAGAUCGCCAGGAACCCAGCGUCCAGAGCUGUGCAAUGUCUGACGUUCGCCGAGUAUUUCUCCACUUUACUGGAGCUGUGUGGAUCUCCUGAAACGCCAAAGAAACUCAUAGCGAUUUGCGUACUUGUUCUUCUGGCCAUCACCACCUCCUACAGCGUGAAGCUGUCGGCACGGAUACAGGUCUUCUUCACUGCUGCCAAAUUGGGAGCUCUCGUUGUGAUCAUCAUAGGAGGACUGGUCAAAAUUGGACAAGGCACGUUAUCUGAGUUACCAACUGGGUUUGAGGGUACUGUGACUGUGGUUUCGGAUAUCACUCUGGCGUACUACUCGGUCAUGUUUGCAUACAAUGGAUGGAACAAUGUGAACUUCUUGAUAGAGGAGGUGAAGAAUCCACAAAGAAACGGCCCAUUGUCGAGUAUCAUCGGUGUGUCGAUAGUCGCUGUUGUCUACAUCCUCACCAACAUCUCCUAUCUUGCUGUCAUGACCCGUCAGGAGCUGUAUCAGUCAUCGGCCGUGGCACAGACCUGGGGAGACAGGGUCCUGGGUUCAGCCUCCUGGAUUAUCCCGAUCUCUGUCAUGAUGUCUGUGUUCGGCAGCGCUAAUGGUGGAAUGGGAACAAAUUCUCGAAUACAGUUUGCUGCAGCCCGUGAUGGGAAUUGGUGGGAGUUUCUGUCAUUUAUCAAUGUGAAGAGGUACACGCCAAUGCCCCCAAUUAUUUGUCAUGUGCUGAUCGCUAUCUUCAUGGUGCUACAAGGAACCAUCACCAGCCUCAUCACGUUCCUCAGCUUCACAAACUGGGUCUUUUAUGGUGCGUGUGCUCUAAGCUGUAUUGUACUGAGGUUCAAAGUAAAGGACGACCCGAAACGGAUAAAGAUUCCAAUCCUCAUCCCCAUUAUCUUCAUGCUGUUGUGUCUGUUCCUGGUUGUGGCACCUAUUGUAGAUAAUCCCCGGGUUGAGCUGCUGUAUGCUGUCGCAUUCGUUGUCGGAGGUCUCAUCAUCUAUUUCCCUCUCAUCUACUUCAACUUAAAACCAAGGUGGUUUGAAAAGAUAGAGAUGUAUCUUCAGCUGCUGCUGGAGGUCGCGCCAAGUACAUAUGUGGACACGUCCUGAACAAACUGCCCAUUUGUUUAUAUAACCAGAUUACAAAGACAUUUUGGGCAAAAAUUGUUGAAACAAUGCUCUUCGUUGCUACCAGAACUCGAAAUGCACUUGUCUCAUUUACUUCUACCCUGGUAACAACUUCAGUCCGUUGUUUGCCUCCAUGAGAUCUACAAGAACUCGGCAGUUGAAGUCCUUGGUGAAAAGUACAGCCCGCACUUGUGUUGGUCUCCGAGAGAUUUA